AUGAGGUCAAUACUGGAGGGGGGGGGGGGGGGGGGGGGGGGUGGGGGGGAGAAGGUGGGGGGGGGGGGGGGGGGGGGGGGGGGGGGGCUUCCACCUCACUGCACAUGUGAUUCCAUCCAGUCUGUCACUCCUCUCUGUGCCCAGAGGCUGAAGAGUCCAGACCCUACUGUCCUCACUCUUCACGUGUCUCACUCUUCUUCACAUGUCUCACUCUUCUUCACGUCAGCGAGCUCCAACCAGAGCCUUGGCGAUUACCCAGAAUGCCGCAGGGAGCGGGAGGCGGCGGGGGAGGCCUCUCUGCUGGUGUCUCCUCUGGUGGUGGCCGGGAUCGUCAUCGGCCUCGUGCUCUUCCUCUCCUGCAUCACCAUCAUCAUCGGCAGCUUCCGCAAGAGCAGCCACCUCCACCUGCGCGCCUCCUACGGUGAGGAGGAGGAGAGGGGAGGAAGAGGCGGAGAAGGGCGGAGGAGGAAAAAGGGGGAAGGAGGAGAAGGGAGGAGGAGGUGGACAAGGGAGGAGGAGGAGAAAAGAGGGAGAGGAGGUGGCGAAGGGAGGAGGAGGAGAAGGGGGAAGGAGGAGGUGGAGAAGGGAGGAGGAGGAGAAGGGGGAAGGAGGAGGUGGAGAAGGGAGGAGGAGGAGAAGGGGGAAGGAGGAGGUGGAGAAGAGAGGAGGAGGAGAAGGGGGAAGGAGGAGGUGGAGAAGGGAGGAGGGAAGGAGGAGAAAAGAGGGAGAGGAGGUGGAGAAGGGAGGAGGGAAGGAGGAGAAAAGAGGGAGAGGAGGUUAUCAUGA